UCCCGGCCCGUGGGCACCCGGGUCACCGCGGGGUGGGGGUCAUCCAGAGCCCGCUCUCCCUGAGGUUCUUUCCGGCUGGUCUCAGCCGAUCCCUGCCUUCGGGGGUUUCCUUCCGUCGUGUUGUGUGAUGCGGGUACCCCUUCGUCCUCCCGAGACCGCGGGAGCUUCUCUGCUGCUGACAGCCUUUCUAGGGUCUCUUCCCAAAUCAAGGUCUCUGUGACGCGAUUCUAAUCGCGCCGCCCUUCUUGAAAGGCUCUAGAGUCACCAUCUUGUCCUUACCCAGUAUCUUCAACUCCAGCAUCUCUGUUCGGGCGAUACUGAACUUUAAUGUUCUUCUGUAAUCCCUCACUGCCCGCUUCCUUCUUGGGCUAUCUAAAGAAUUCCUUCAAAGGAGGAAUAUUUUAGAUUGCGGUUGGUUAAUGGUCGUUUUCUCCAGAGACUUCAACUAAGGCCUGUUCCUCAAGAUAACCUCACUACUCUGGCUUUAGAGUGAGCCGUUUUUAUUACUCGCAGAAGCUUUUUGCUUUGCCCAAUGCCUAAUGGCCUGCAACAGCAAGGAUAAUUCAUAAUAAUUUGAUAGAAAAAAAUGUAUGUAAGUGCUCUACCAGGCACAGUGUACGUUGAAUAAGGACAUGAGAAACCAGAGGCCUCAUUAAAUAGCCAGAAUCUGUAAUAUGGGUGAUGAGUGAAAGGAGAAAUGCUUGAGAAAUGGGAGUAAACAUUUUGAGUUUGUAAUUGGUCCUGUAGGCAGUAGCAGCUUGCAGACAUAGUUGGCAAGGUACUUGAUCAAGCUCUGUGAACCUGUUAAUAUUCAGCAUUUUAAAAAUUAGUAUUGCAUGGCGGUCAUCUUAUGUAGGCUUGGUUCUUUUUUUCAUCUCCCCUUCCAGGUUUUUGUGAAUCAGAGACAUACAUCCCAAUCUUGCAAUCCCUUGGUUGCAGAGCAUCUGUGAGUGUCCCCCAUGCUAGGCAGGGACAGUAGCUGACUUGCAGUUUGGCAAGCGUUGUGGUGGGACCAUUUGUCCCUUGCUUCCUGGUCAUUUUACUCAAAGCUAGCUACCAGCUGCUGGUCACCUCGAUAGAUUUGGACGACCUGUUCUUGAAUCUCUUAGCUUGUGAGGAGCAUGCAGCUCAUGGGGAUUGAUGGAAGCAGUUAUUAUGGAAGCAGCUAUAGCCAGUGUCUGUAGCAGUGGGCAGCACUGACAGAAUCAAGAUUGCAGCUCUUACUGGGAGUGAGUGCAACACCAUCUCCAAAGGCCGUGCAGUCUGGAGAUGCCACCUGCCUCACAUCAACAUCUCCAAAUGUUGGGCAGCUUUUUACCAGCACCUGUGGCACAGUUGACUCCCAGAAAUUCCAGCUCAGUAAGCUCUAGGAGACUACAGAAGGUUAAGCUCUGUGUGGGCAGACACAGGGGCUUCAGAGCCCACCAGCAUCUGUGUCUGGAACACCAUCUGCCCACUGCAGUAACUCAGGUUUUCAAGAUGGCUGCAGCCCCUCAGGCACCAAAGAGGGGAUCUAUUCGGAAGACUAGACCUCUGGUUGUAAAAACAUCACUAAACAACCCUUAUGUUAUUUCCUGGAGCACCUUGGAGAGAGAAGACAUACACUUUAUAUUACAGACUCUCGAAGCCAAGUUUAAAUUGAUUGGACUUCAGAAAAUUGAAGAUAAGAAGAAAAGGAAAAAAACAGCUCUUAUGAAAAAGCAAAGUUGCCGGCCAGAUAUUGAGAUUAGCGAGGAUCCAAAAGAGCCUGAUGGGGAUGUGCUGGUGUCAGGGUGGACACCUGUACACGUCAGGAAACAGCUGGUCAUUGGUGUUAAUGAAGUCACCAGAGCUCUGGAGAGGAAUGAACUGCUCCUGGUUCUAGUGUGUAAGUCAGUCAAGCCUGCCAUCAUCACCUCACACCUGAUUCAGCUGAGUCUAAGCAGAACUGUUCCUGCCUGUCAGGUACCUCAGCUCAGCGAGAGAAUUGCUCCUGUCAUUGGCUUAAAAUGUGUGCUAGCCUUGGGUUUCAGAAAGAACACCAGGGACUUUGCUGAUGAAGUAGAAGCCAUCAUUCCCAGGGUGCCCAGCUUAAACGUGCCAUGGCUUCCAGACAGAACCCAAGGUCCCACAGACAGUUUAGAGACUGAACCCUCGGAAAGCCAGGACAACGAGAUUUUGGACACGUCAUUUGAUGACCUUACAAAACUUAGUAAGAGGAAGCUUGCUGAAGGUGGACAAGCUUCAGCUGCAACAUUACAACCCCUUAAAAUAAAAAAGCUCAUUCCCAACCCUAGUAAGAUAAGAAAACCACCCAAAAGUAAAAAGUCCAUUUCCAAGUAGUUUUGUAUGACUUGUCACUAUGUCUAAUGUCUAAAUGAGCACUGAAAGAAAUAAAAUCAAAACUUACAUAUAUUCUUAGGAUCCUGCAUGGAGGUGCUUUUCUCUUUGGGUGGGGCAGAUGAAGUACAGAAAACACUCAAAACAAUGAUUAACAAAACCAAAGUUUAUUAAGACUAAUGUCCAUGCGCAUAUAAAUUCACUGCUUUAAAGGCUGGUACAAUGCUUGCUUGCAAGAACAUCAGUUUCCUACAGCACUUAACAUUUCUCUACCGAACUUGGAAAAUGGGCCACAGACAUGGUCUAGCAAGGUGGGUGAAGCAACUGAAGAAAGUCCUCAGUUGCAACGGAGAGAGAGAGAGACACUAAAUGUUAAGCAGUACACUGCCUUCAGAGCGGCAUGUCAUUUUUACUUUGUGGUAAUUUGGCUUUCUUUGUAGGUAAGCAUCAAGGCAGGCUUGGGAGAAAGGCUUAAUUGAUACAGAACAAAAGCCUGAUAAGGUUGUUUCAUAAGAAUUCUCUCCCUGCGCAUCAUCAGUUUCCUUGUAAUAUAUAACAUCUAUCAAGAGUACAUUAGGGGCAGAGCUCUAUGGCAGAAUAUGUGCUUACCAGCACAUACUAUCCCUGGCUUGAUCCCCAGCACCAAAAACAAACAAAAAUCAAAGCUAACAACUCUAAAAACAAAACCUAAGCCAGAACUUAUUACAGCAGUACUUAGCUGACAUGUGGCACGAGGACAGACAAGACAGUGAUGGGUCUUUCUGGCUGGGAGUGGAGCUGUCAGGACUUUACUAAUCCACUCUGUCUGGAAGUCAUUGUGGAAUUUAGGAGGUGAGUGGGAUAGCAAAACUUUUUCAUCCCAAGUUUUGGAUGAACUUAUGGACUGUACCACUUUGUUCCACUUGCUGACAAAUUUCCUGUUUCUGAAGGGAAGAAACCUUACAGCACAAUAUGGAUACAGAGAGCAUAGGGCAGUGUAACUUGAGAUUGUUGCUUUUACAUUUGGUUUUAACAGUUAUUUUAUAUCCAAGCAGUUGCUCUGGCUACUAAUUCUCUAAAAUACCAACUGCUCAUGUGCUUAACUUAUGAAGACAUCACCGUUAACUAUUAGUGUAUUUAAAGUUCUAUAACAACUGCAAUGUGCAAUAAACAAAUCUCUAAAGGAAUGGUUUUAACAGUUUCCUCAUGAGGUAAAUAAUAAAUAAGCCCAUGACAAAAUUCUAACCUGAAAAUUCAAUUUGUAUAAGACAUAAAAAUGAGUGCAAUAAUUGCCAAAGAGCUGUAGAUCCAGAUUGACUGACUCACUCACCUACUGCUUGACUUUCCACACAGUGCUGUAAUGAAUAGGUAGUUUCAUUUCCUGAAGGUGUUCUGUUAGAAAUGUGACAGUUGGACAUGUAUAAUGAGAAAUCUGUCCUGUGUCCAGCACUGGUCCCACUUCUGCACCACUUGUGGGGCCCAGGUGCCCCCUCUCGUGGUAAUAUCAGGAAUGGCACAAUUUGUGGCCUAUUUAGGACCUGUCCACAAGAGGCCAGAGAGCAAACAUUUUAACUUUGCAGGCAAUACAUACAGUCCAGUCUGUCACAACUACUUGAUUUCCCUUUGUAGCAUGAGACAACCAUAGUUAGGACAUAAUGAAGAUAUGUCUGUAUUCUGAUAAAAUGUUUGGAUUUCCUAAGAUUUGCAUGCUACAAAACGUCAAUUCUUUGGACUAUUUCCCCCAACGAUUUAAAAAAAAAAAAAAAAAAAAAAAAAA